AUAAAAUAAAUAGGUUAUGUUAUGUUUAUUUUGAUUUGAACAUUUUGUUGAUUCUUUCAAUAAGAUAUAAUUAUCUAUAAUUUAGUGUGAUACAUCUUGUAUUCUUGUUCAAAUUGUGAUAAUAUUGUUAAGAAUAUAUCUGUAUAAUGUCGAACGUGUUUGGAUUAAUAGUAUCAGGCAGACUGGUGCAAACAGACUUUACACCGUUGUCAGAGACGAGGUACCUCAUAGUGAUACCGGAGGUGGACUCUAUUAACCAUGCUGUGGUGUUCCUCACCGGCCUGGCGCCGUUGCCUCUCGGUACCGCCGCGAUGGUCUACUGGAGCUGGCCGGACCCUGCCGCGCCGCCCAACUGGCAACUCCUCGGCCACAUAUCAAACAGCAAACCAUCAGCUAUUUUUAAAAUAUCCAAUCUUAAGAAAUUGCAUGAAUUAUCAGAUGAAAAUAAGUUUAUGAGUGCCUUUGGUCAGCAGAAGAUCUGUCACGAUGCUCAGCUCGGUAUAUCAAUUGAACCGGAAACCAAUAUCCAGUUGCUUGCAUCGUCAGUUGCAGAUCAAGCUAGUGAUUAUGUGACAUUUGCUCAAAAAAUGUUAGACAAUUUAGUGAACUUUGUGGCGUCAUUCUCGCUGACACAGGAACAAAUGACGCCCACCCCGGGCAUCUCGUACAUCCCCCUCAACACCCUGCACACGUGGUAUCAAAACUUCGAGCGGCGGCUACAGCAGAACCCUAACUUUUGGAGAAACUAACGCAAAUUAUACAUUAGACUCAAUUAAUUGUUCUAAGUGACAUAUUUUCAUAAUGAAAUACUAUGAUGUUAUAUUAAACCAAUUUAUAUGAUAUAUAUAAAACAUAAAUGCAGUUCACAUACAGUCUUUGUCUGGAUAUUCAUAAAUCAAAAUCAAUAAUAUCUGGAUAUUUGAUAUUAAGUAUUAUUAGUGCAAAUUUCAAUGCAAGUACUUCCUUCUAGAAGACAAUGCGAGUAUUUUGAUAAUGGUUUAGGUUGGUUUAUUUUACUGUUAAAAUUAACCAGAAGUAUAGCAAAUUGUCUCAAUGUUGUGAAUUAAAUAAUUUUACACUUGGGAAUUUAUUAAUAUUACAACGACCGUUGUAAAAUAUUCUUUAUAAUAGCGCUAUUCAUGUAUACAGGUCAGAUUGCAACGCAUCAGAACCAAUACCGGCACAGUUAUACCUUGUAAUUUCACUGCUAUAAUAUAUA